AUGUUCACCAAGCUCGCCACCAUCACCCUCGCCGUCUUGGCCGCCACCCCGGCCCUCAUCAGCGGGCUUGCCACCACCAACAAGCCAAGCUGCAAAGCCAACACCGGAGACCUGCAGUGCUGCAACGCCGUCUACGACCACAACUCGUCGAAGGGACGUGCGCUGCUCGAGAAGUACGGGAUCAUUCUCGCCAGCGUCACUGGCUCUGUCGGGCAGACCUGCAGCCCAAUCACAGGUGUUGUUCUCAGCGGUAAUUCUUGCACCCAGCAGCCGGUGUGCUGCACCAACAACACGUUCAACGGCGUUAUUGCUGUUGGAUGCAGCCCCGUGAACAUCAACGCUUAG